AUGUCUCCUCCGCUGGCUGUCCUCCUCUCCCUCUGCCUCUUCCUUGGCUUCCCCGGGUCGGCUAGCUGCCUCUACAAACAGUGGGUCCCCGACACCAACUUUGAGAAUGGGAGUAACUGGGACAAGGGCGCGGUGCCCUGUGGUAGCGACAGGGUCCAGUUUCUGGCCCACAGGGAGGUGUCCGUGUACGUGCGGGAGGUGCACUCCACCCGGGAGAUGAGGCUGCCAGUGAACGGGGAGUUCAUACUGGCGACGGGGGCUGGCUUCGCGGUGGACGGCGGACAGGACGCCAGCUGUGGCACAGGCGCCACGGUCCAGUUCCAGGACUCCGAGACGGCGCAGUGGUUCGAUCCCAAGCUGUGGCGGUCGGCCUCCACCUCGGAAGACCUGGAAAAGGGCCGGUUCUUGUUCUCAGUGCACGAGGAGAGCGUGCCCUGCCGCCACGACGACGUGGUGUUCCGGCCGGAAGCCUCCUUCCGCGUGGACACUACGGCUGGGCAGCAGAACGUCCCGGUGAAGAGCCUGUCCGUGCUGGGGCGAAGGUUUAGCGACAACGGCGAGUUCUCCCGGUACCUGACAUCACGCUCUGGCCGGCUUCAGUUCCACGGAGACAGCGCCCCAGUCGUCGGGAGCCCCGCGUGCGACGACAGCUCCGGCUGCGUCUGCGGCAAUUCGGUGCACCACGAGAGGAUCUGCACGGGCGUGACCUGCUCCCGACUGGACUGCCAGAAGGCCCUGCGUCCCGUAGGACACUGCUGUGACGUGUGUGGCGCUAUCCUCCACUUGAAGAUCUCCGGCAGCUUCGACCUGGAGUCCUACCGCCAGCGGCUACAGCAUCUCUUCCUCAGCCGCCCUCAGUACCAGGCCGUUCAUAUGGGCGUAUCCAAGGUUACCGUGCCUCAGUGGCUGCUGGGAGUGAUCCCCCGCGAGGCAGCGACAGAGAUCCAGGUGGUGCUCCUGGACGAAGAGGAAGGGACGGGGCCUGGGGUGGUGGCGGAAGACCUGACCCGUGACAUCAUGAAGGACAUCGAGUCCGAGGGGGCACACUUGGGCAUCGAGGGAGCAGAGUUCCAGGCAUCCUCAGGCAACAGUGGCACAGGCGGCGGGGCAGGAGUGGUGGCGGGCGCUGUCCUGGGAGUCCUGGCUUUGGUGGCGGCCUUGCUCGUCCUGGCCUUCCUGUUCCACCGCGGGGUCAUCCACGUGCCAGCCCUCCCCUCGCUGCCCAGCUGGAGGAAGAACAGCGAGAUUGGGGAGUUGGGGGGGCCCAUAGAUCACGGUUUCGACAACCCCAUGUUCAACAAGCCCCCCCAGAUGCCUGGCUCGGGCGGACUGUAUGGGACAGACAGCCUGAACACCAUCACUGUGACAGACUUGGGAGUCCACUUUGUCAACCCCGCCUAUGAUGAGACCGACUUCAACGCCUGA